UCUUCUUCUUCUUCCUGCCGUUUACUUUACCCACAAGAAAACUGAAUUCUCACCCCUAAAUCUCUGCGCACUUGAGCUUUGAUUCGUAAAUUGAAGCUGCAAUUUUCGAAACUAGAGGAUUCUCAAAGAAAGAAGAGGAAGAAGCAAAGGGAGAAUGUUAGAUUAUCUCCCAGACGAAGUUGUGUUGGAAAUUCUCAUAAGACUCCCUGUGAAGUCACUGGUGAGGUUCAGGUGCGUUUGCAAGGACUGGUUGUCUCUGAUCUCCAGCAACGCCUUCAUCGCCGCCCACACCAACCGAUCCCUUUCUCGAAGCGAUGGCAACAAUAAGAUUCUGUUUCGGUACGGACAAUUGGUAGGGACUGGUCUUACACCACCUAGAUGUUUCGAGCAAUUGAGUCUGCGAUCCGAUGAUGGGUCAUUUGGUUAUAAUGGUAACUUCAUCCAGUUGAAUUGCCCACUUGAAAGAGCUGUUUUUCCUAACAAUUUUCCCAACAUGUUGGGUUCGUGGAAUGGGCUAAUCUGCUUGAAAUAUUAUCAUCCUUCUUACGGCUAUUGCUAUACUUUAUGGAACCCUUCCAUUCAUAAAGCUGUAAGCCUUCCAGAGCCUAACUUGGUCUCGUCAAAGUCAGACGGCAUAUUGAAGCAUUCCCAUGGAUUUGGGUAUGACCCCUCUACCAAUGAUGUUAAGCUGGUCAGACUUGCAUAUCAUGAGCCGCAUAUCAUGAAGGUUCCACCGCUGGUCGAGAUCUAUACGCUUAACACUGGCUGCUGGCGAGCUGUUACUUCCCCUGCUCCAUCAUAUAUUAUCAAUGAGCGUUGCUUAUCCGUUUUUGUCAAUGGGGCAUCCCACUGGGUCGCCCAUACUCCACCAAAUGAGCCUACUUUUCGCAAUGUGAUAGUGGCGUUUGAUAUGGGUGAUGAGGUCUUUCGUGAGAUUGCAGUGCCCAACUGCUUUGUUGGGAAAUUGUAUUUGAAUAUGACUGUUGCGGUGCGUGAUGGAUUACUUUGUCUUGUCCCGUUUAAUGAACGAGGGUUUAAUGAACGAGAGGAGGAACAAGAGAAAGAGUGUUUUUAUAUAUGGGUCAUGAAAGAGUAUGGCAUUCGAGAAUCUUGGACUAAGCUAUUCAACAUUCAUAUCGGUGGAUUAAAGAGGGUGGUAGGCUUCAGGAAAAACGGUGAAGUUCUUGUUACUGACAGAUGUGGAGAGCUUCUUUCGUAUGAACCAAAUACCCAACUAGAAACUCGGCUGGGAUUUUGUAAAUUUUCUUCCUUGGAAACUAAAAUUUGGUUUGUGGAGAGCUGGUUUUAUUUGGAUAAAUACAUAGAGAGCCUUAUUCUUCUAAACGCAAAAAAUGGAGUCCCGGGAGGGCUGGCAAAUAGAUCUGCUUCAAGUGCAAGAAGCAGGUAAAAAUCGUGACGACAAUGAGAAUAAGGAUGAGUUUGAGGGCGAGGACGAGGAGACAGUCGUGUAAGAGUUCUUUGAGUGAUGGCUGUUUGGCUAUUUGGAGGCUGCUGUAAUGGAGUAUUCUCAUGACUAUUUGGACAAUUGUAUAUGGCUUUGGAGAGUACUGAGCAAAUGUUUUUGAUGCUUGGACAAAUUUUUGAUUUCCUAGAAAAUAAAGCUUUUGUAGUUAAUUGCUUCU